GGGAGGAGGCCGUCUACCUCUCGACGUGGAAUGAUAAUAAAGGAGAACCACGGGACGACAGGUCGGCACGGGGCGACAUUAUGCAAAAACCGGAUCUGAAUGUACCAAACUCACCCCUUAAACCGUUCCCUAUUGGGAUGGCGAUAGGGGCGCUCGCUGAUAUCGCGAUCAAGCUCAUCAUCAGCGGCUACAUACUCGCCGUGGUCGUGUACGUGAACGCCACCGGGAACUGGGAUAAGGACGAUGAUUUAGUCGCAACAUUCGAAGUUAGCGCUGUACUUGGACGCACCGCUAGACUGCCUUGUGACAUUGAACCGUCCACGCGCGAAGACCGCGUAUACAUGGUGCUGUGGUUUCGCGAUGACGCUGUGAAACCAAUUUACAGCUUCGACGUGCGAGGAAGAGCAUUCAGCAAAGCUCUGAACUGGUCGGACAGCACGGUGGUCGGGCCGAGAGCUUACUUCGUCACCAUGACGAAACCGGCCACUCUUUCGCUGGAAGCGGUUCAACUGGACGACGAAGGGAUCUACCGGUGUAGAGUAGACUUCAAGAACUCGCCCACGAAGAACUUUCAAGUGAACCUCACAGUAAUAGUUCCACCUUAUCAGCUUUUAAUUUACGACAGCUCCGGCGUGGUAGUGGGCAACACUGCAGGACCGUUUCAAGUUGGCGUCGAGUUUGGCCUCUCUUGCGAAGUAAGAGGAGGUAAACCGACACCGCUGGUUACUUGGCUGGUCAACGAGAAGAAGGUGGACAGCAAGUUGGAAGAAAUUGGGAAGAACCUAGUGGUCAGUAAAUUGACAGUACCUCAGUUGAGAAGGGAACAUCGUAACACGACGUACAAAUGUCAGGCCUGGAGCACAAACCUCAUACCUCCGUUAGAAAAGACUAUUCUCCUAGAUAUUUAUCUGAAACCAUUGUCGGUGAAGAUUCUGUCGAAACCGGCAAUUCUAGAGACAGAAAAAGACUACUCCAUCACGUGCGAGACGACAGGAUCACAUCCUCGAGCGCGAAUCACUUGGCUAAAAGGGAACGCUGUUUACCACAAUGGCCAGGUGAUCGACGGUGGUAAUGCUUCAGUGGUGUUGAGCACUCUCAGAUUUUCACCGAUCCCCGACGAUCAUGCGAAGAUCCUCAAGUGUCGGGGAGAGAAUCCAGAACUGUCAGACGCGUAUCUAGAAGACUUCUUUCAAUUAAACGUAGUUUUUCCACCUAAAGUACAAUUACACUUGGGUAACACCCUAAACGCGGAAAAAAUAAAGGAGGGUGACGACGUGUAUUUCGAGUGUAAGGUUCGGGCUAAUCCAGAGCAUCACAAGAUCACGUGGAGGCACAACGACGUGGUGUUAAUGCAGAAUUAUUCGGCCGGGAUAAUCAUGAGUACUCAAAGCCUCGUGCUGCAAAAGAUUGGUCGAGACAACGCUGGGAAUUACACGUGUCUCGCGAGCAACGAUCGAGUCGCGCCAGUGUGCAAGGCGAAAGAAGUGUCCAUCAUCGGAGCAUCGUUGGAAGAGUCGGUGAAGGUUCGAUGCGAGGUGGACGCCGAUCCCAACGAAGUUGAAUUCGUGUGGGAGUUCAACAACAGCGGCGAGAACUUUGAGGUCGCGCCGGCGAAAUUUGACGGUAACAACGGAACGAUGAGCGAACUCGUUUACACGCCAGUCUCCGAAAGAGAUUACGGGGCUCUGACGUGUUGGGGUAGGAACAUCAUAGGCAAGCAAGAAGCGCCUUGCAUCUAUCAAAUCAUCCCAGCGGUGAAGCCAAAUCCUCUGAACAAUUGUACGAUAAAGGCGUCCUUGAAUCAAAGUUCCGAGAUCCUGGAAGUGGAGUGCGUGCCAGGAUACGACGGUGGAUUGAGGCAAGAGUUUCGAUUGGAGGCGUACGAGGUUCUCACCGGUAAUUUGAGGGUAAAUGCGUCGAGCGUGUCCGCGGACGUGCCAAUAUUUAGGAUCGCCGUGGCGGACCUUCUUCCCGCGACGCAUUUUUAUCUCGUUACGUACGCGGUGAACGCAAAAGGAAGAAGCGAAGUGAGUCUGUUGGAAGAUAUAAUGCUGAGAGACUCUGAAAAGCACACAGACACCGGUGUAAGCAUAGUUCCACUCAUUCUGCUUCUUAUCGGUUGCCUAAUGGCCUUUGGCAUCACCGUGCUCUCGGUGAUGCUGAUGAUGUACCGACGAAGAGGCACCACCUCUCCGGUUCAUAUUGAGCCUUACAUGAAACAACCGAUAAUCACUCCUCCGGACUCGAGGAACAAUUCGAUGCUCGACGUUACGCACGGGGAUCAUACGUAUUUCGUCGAGUACACGUUGAAACAGGUGACCGAUUACGCGCUCAACAAUCAGCCGGAUAUCAUACAGUCGCCACAAGAUCAAGAAAAGAUAAAACGCGAACCACAAUUAUUUUUACCUGUACGACCAGACACGCUGUUUGCACCAUACGAUAUUCAUAAGCAAGGACUUCAAAGUAACAAAUGCAGUUUAAAUCCAUUCUCCACAAAGUCAUGGGAACCUAUUAGUUUUAAAGCCGAUCGUAAUUUAAUGAAGGAGAUCAUCAUCGCCAACUCUAUACCCGGGCCAGAAAGUUGUAUCAAAUGCCACUUUAAGAUAUUAAUGCAAGCACGUAAGCAUCAAGGAUUUCCCCGUCAGCCUCCAUCAGACGAAGAAACAACUAAAUAUCCAGAUUCUAACUUUUGUGGUAAAUAUACUGAAAAAAGAAAGCUUAAGAGGAAAGAAUCCUCACGGAUGAAAAUAAAUAUAAAAGAGGAAAUAGAUAAUCCAGACUGUCCAUGGCGCAGUAGAAAAUAA